AUGUCAAUCAACACGGCGAACACGCCCGACGGACUCGGUGUCCUACUGUACAAUGGAGAGACGAUUGUGAUUUUUGCGAGAGGAGUCGAGAUGACAUUAGGAACCAGUCAGAAUCAGAAUUUGGAAGGACGCCGACUGGGAACGAUCUACCUCACAUCACACCGAAUCAUUUUCAUGCCGGACGCCGGUGGUUGGCUUAAAUCAUUCGAAAUUCCAUUCAACAAUAUGCAAGAUGUCAAUUUGAAUCAACCCAUUUUUGGAGCCAACUAUCUUUGCGGAACGGCGACAGCUGUACAAGGAGGUCAAAUGCGUGGAGAAGUACCAUGGCGAAUGACAUUCAAUCGGGGCGGAUGCAUCGAAUUCGGCCAAUCACUGCUCCAAGCCGUCGAACGAGCGUCACGAAUGAGACCACAGAAUGCACCGCCCGCUUAUUCACCGCCGAUUGGAGACUUCUACUCGGCACCGCCAGCUUAUUAUCAACCGUCGCCUGAUCAAGGACCAAAUGGCUUCAACCCGACGACCGACUCAUUCCCCGAUCAACCAAAUCCAUCAAGUGUAUUCAUGAGCUCCGCCCCUCCACCAUAUCCAGGAAUCGGACCGGAACGUGGUCCCCACCCGACAGAGGAACUCCACGUGGCCGGUCAAUUCGAGGCGCCGCCCGCCUAUUCGGGUGGAGAGACCGCUGAGGGACUCAGACGAAGAAAUUGA